GUUUCAUUUUCACACCCAAUUGCUAUUUCCUUGCAAUGGAUUUGGAAGCUGUAGCAGAAACUGUUGAAGGUUCUGCUAGGAAAAUAUCAGCAGUGUGUGAAGGAAGUUCAAUUUUGGAACCGUGUGUUGGUAUGGAGUUUGAGUCUGAAGAUUCUGCCAAGCAUUUUUAUGAUGAAUAUGCAAGACGGGAAGGGUUCAUUGUUCGCCUUGAUCGCUGUCAUCGUUCCGAGGUUGACAAUAGGAUCACUUCGCGCCGUUUUUCAUGUAAUAAGCAAGGUUUUUAUGUGAGAGGUAGAAAUGGAGCCAGGCUUGUUCAUAAACCUCGAGCUAGCAUAAGAGAAGGCUGUGAAGCAAUGUUGUUGAUUAAAGUUAAUAAAUGUGGAAAGUGGGUUGUUACUAAAUUUGUAAAAGAGCAUAGUCAUCCGCUACAUGCUUCUAGUUCUCCAUCUUAUACAAUGAUGGAUUCAAAGGAUAGGAAGAUCCAACAACUCACCAAGGAACUUCAGCAUCGAGAUCUACAAUGUCAACAAUAUCGCAGGCUGCUACUUUCUCUUCUGGAAACUGUUGAUGAGCAAACAGAACUUUUAUCAAGAAAAGUUGAACUUGUUGUUAACCGUGUAAAACAACUAGAGAAUGAAGAGCAAAAACCUUUGGACACUCACUAAAUUCCACUCAGGUUUUGUUAGAAAGCAAAUUC